UAUUGUUGAGAAAUAUUGAGAUUCAUUUUGUUUCUGGUUUUCUUCUGAAUGUGUGUAGUUUUCUGUUCACAGUGACAAGUACAAAGGUAAAUUUAAGAUUAUCAGCAAUCAAAACACAGGAUCUUUUAACUUCACUUAAAUCGUAGGGAAUCUAUAAACCUUAGAACAGGCUACAGUCAAGAUCAAUAAAAUGUCUGAAAUGAAUUUUCUUCCACUAUCACAAAAUACUGGUUCUGAUUUCAAUUCUCAGAAGUAUUUCAAAAAAGAACCCAUGGAAGUUACUGAAUAUUUCAAUGAAGGAAUUAUAAAUAUGGAUUCUUACAAGAAUUCAAAAAUAAGUGCGGAAGCAACAGUUGGGCAAGUGAUAAAAAACGAAAAUAUAGACUAUUUCAAUGAAGGAAGUAUAGAAGAAUUGCCUGUGCUUAAAGAAAGUCACCUAUCAUUUCAAACUCCUGAUCAGGAUAGAAGUGCUGUAGAGGAAGAAAUAAAAGUAGCUGAUAUAAAAAAUGAAAUUGAUGAAUCUUAUCAAGAAUUGAAGGGAGAGGUUAUUGACGAGUGUCAAGUGAAAAAUGAAGGAUGCUCCCAGGUACUGCAAAAUGAACUCCUUAGAACUAAUCCUGAACUGAGCCAUUUGAAGGGAGAAAUCAAUGUUGGUUCAAUUCCUGAUGAAGAAGACUACAACAGAAAAGUUAUUUUCCAAUGUAUGAAAUGUUCAUUCAAAACUCCUUAUGAAUCGGAAAUCAAUAAUCACAAAGUGUUGCACUCAAAACCUCGUAUCGCCCAUAAAGACAAACCUUUCGCAUGUAAUUUUCCCGGUUGUAAAAAAAAAUUAACAACCCAGAGCAGUUUCAUAAACCAUCAACUGUUACACUCAAAACCUUUCAAGUGUGACUUUCCCGAUUGUGAAAAGAGAUUACUAACAAAGAGAGGUUUUGAUAAGCAUAGACUGUUGCACUCGACACCUCGUGUUGUCCAUAAAGAAAAACCUUUCAAAUGUGACUUUCCCGGUUGCGGACUAAAAUUACUAACAAUGAGAAAUCUCUUACGUCAUUCAUCUGUUCAUUCGAAUGACGUUUAUAAGUGUGAUAAGUGUUCUUUUCAAACAAAUCAAGAAAAAUACUUGCAAACACAUACUACUAGGGUACAUGAUGAAGUAACUGAAUUCAUACACUGUGAUAAGUGCUCAUAUAUAACGACAAUGAAACAAUGUUUCGUUAAACAUCAAGAGAUGCACAAAGACCCAAAGGAGAGGACAGUUCUGAAGUGUAAAGUUGCAAACUGUUCAUUUGAAACCGUAUUUAAGAAUCAACUGAGGCGGCAUUCCUUAGACCAUACAGAUCCGUCCAUAGUUCUCAGAUGUGAAAUGUGCCAUCAUUUAACAAGGUGUAAAUGGAAUAUGGCGAGGCACAAGAGGAGAAAGCAUCCCGAUUUGUCUAGCUGUGAAGUAUUCAGAUGUUACACAUGCCCAUUCCAAACGCACCUGAAACGACUUUUAAUAAGACACCUCGUUGUUCACAAACAACCUUCCCAAUUGGUUAUGUUCAAAUGCCCACAUUGUCCAUACGAGGCUAAGCGUCACUGUAACCUCUAUCAACAUUUGGUCAAACAUAUGGAUGCCUCCAAGAUGGAACUGUUCAAGUGUGCCUUAUGCUCUUUCGAAACCAAAAGAAAACAUUGCCUGAGAAAUCAUAUUAUGACUCAUACAAAAAAGAAAAAUAGAACUUGAAAA